CUGUGAACCACCUUCUCACUCAAAUACUCAAUCACACCUUCCAUUCCUCCUCCUCCUGGCAGUUGGCCCAAACCAAGCACCAACUGCAACUAGCUACUACGUACGUUGGACAGCAGGAACACGAUGCCGGCGAGAAGUGCUCGUCUUCUUUCUCUUUUCUUCUGGUUUCUCCCGGCUUUCACCGGCGCCAUGGAGCUUCCGCUGCCGCCGAACGAGGAGGUUCUCGGACUUAUCGUGUUCAAGGCGGCGCUGCAGGACCCGACGGCCGCGCUGACGUCGUGGAACGAGGCGGAUGCCUCCCCUUGCAACUGGGCCCACCUCCACUGCGACCCGGACACUGGCCGCGUCACCCGCCUCGCCCUCGACUCCCUCUUCCUCUCCGGCCCUCUCCCUCGCGGCCUCGACCGCCUCGCUGCCCUCGCCGCUCUCUCCCUCUCCAACAACAACCUCUCCGGCCCAAUUCCUCCCGGACUCUCCCUCCUCCCGUCCCUCCGCCUCCUCGAUCUCAGCCGCAACGCCUUCUCAGGCCGCGUCCCGCAAGAUCUCGCCCUCCUCCCCUCCCUCAUCUCCCUCGAACUCUCCUCCAACGCUCUCUCCGGUCCCCUCCCGGACUCCCUCUUCUCCGCCGCGGCCUGUCGCUCCCUCCGAUUACUCUCUCUCGCCGGGAACCGCUUCGACGGUCCCCUACCCGUCGCUGCAUUGUCCCGCUGCUCCCUCCUCCUCCAUCUCAAUCUCUCUUCCAACCGAUUCUCUGGCUCGCCGGGCUUCGCCUCGGGCCUCUGGUCCCUCUCCAGGCUGCGCGUGCUCGACCUCUCCAGCAACGCCUUCGCCGGCCCAGUCCCCAAUGGGAUCGAGAAUCUGCACAGCCUCAAGGUCCUCCGGCUGAACGACAACCGCUUCUCCGGAGCAAUUCCUGGCAGCGUCGGCCUCUGCCCGCAUCUCACCACUUUGGACUUGAGCCGCAACUCAUUCGACGGCUCUCUGCCGAGCUCCAUGCGCUAUCUCACUUCAUUAACUUCUCUCAGGCUUUCAAACAACCAGCUGGAGGGCGACCUUCCCCAAUGGCUCGGCAGUCUGACGGCAACUCGUGAAUUGGACUUAUCUAGCAACAAGUUCACCGGAAACCUUCCGGCGUCCCUCGGAAACCUAAAGCAGCUCAACUAUCUCGACCUCUCGAACAACCGCAUCGUCGGAUCGAUCUCGGACGAAAUUGCUGGAUGCACGAGGCUCACCGAGAUACAUCUCAAGGAAAACAAGCUCAAUGGGAGCAUCCCGCAAGGGUUUUUCAGUCUCGGUCUGCAAGUUCUCGACUUAUCGUCGAAUGCUCUCACUGGGGCGAUGCCGGCGGGAACUACGGUAUCAGCGACCCUGCAAUUUCUGGACCUGUCAGACAAUAAGCUGUCCGGGACGAUUCCUCCGGAGAUGGCGCUAUUCUUCGGAUUGAGGCACUUGAAUCUCUCUUGGAACGGAUUCCGGUCACAGCUGCCGCCGGAGCUGGGCUUGUUCCGGAGCUUGUCGGUGAUGGAUCUGCGUAACAAUGCGCUGUAUGGGUCGAUUCCAAGCAAUUUGUGCGAGUCCGGUAGUCUCUACGUCCUGCAAGUGGAUGACAAUUUCUUCAGCGGCCCAAUUCCUGAGGAGAUUGGGAAUUGUUCGUCCUUAUACCUCCUGAGCUUAUCGCACAAUUACCUGAACGGUUCGAUUCCGCCCUCCAUUUCCCAGCUGAAGAAGCUAGAGAUCCUCAACCUGGAGUUCAACAACCUGAGUGGCGAGAUUCCGCCGCAGCUGGGUGCCCUCGAUAACCUCCUCGCCGUCAACAUUUCCCACAACCGGCUCAUCGGCCGCCUUCCCGUCGGCAGCGUGUUCGAGAGCCUGGACCAGAGCGCGCUGCAGGGCAACCUCGGCCUAUGCACCCCCCUCGUUACCGAGCCCUGCAAGAUGAACGUCCCCAAGCCCUUGGUGCUCGACCCCAACGCAUACCUCCCUGGAUUCGCCAGCAACAUACCCAAUUUUGCCUACCCGGCGACGACACCAGUCCGGCGCCGGCGCUUCCUCAGUGCGUCGUCGAUCAUCGCCAUCUCCGCCGCGCUCAGCAUCGUCCUCGGCGUUCUGGUCGUCACUCUCCUCAAUGUGACGGCGCGGCGGAGGAUAGAGCUCCCGGCGGAGAAUGGUCCGAAGAGUAUGUGCUCGAGCUCGACGAAGUCCGGCGAACCGGCCGUGGGGCGGAUGGUGGCAUUCAGCGCCGGAUUCUCUCUGAAAACAGAGGAAUUCAAGGGCGGCGCCGAGGCUUUGCUGGCCAAGGCCACAGAGAUCGGGAAGGGCGCGUUCGGCACGUCGUAUAAAGCUUCGUCGGCCAAGGACGGAAGCAUUAUGGUCGUCAAGAGGCUGGUGGCGGCCAACAUAGUUCAGUACCACGAAUACUUCGACCGCGAGGUGCGGCUUCUGGGCAAGGUAAUGCACCCGAACGUGUUGCCGCUGAGGGGCUACUACUGGACUCCCCAGCUGCAGCUACUCGUCUCCGACUACGCCCCCAACGGAACCUUGCACUCCAGGUUGCACGAGAGGGAUGCGUCAGUGCCGCCUCUGUCAUGGCCAGAGCGCUUCAAGAUCGUCCUCGGCGUGGCGAAGGGCGUCGCGCACUUGCACCAGGCCUUCCGCCCACCCAUCAUCCACUACGGCCUCAAGCCAAACAACAUCCUUCUGGACGAGAACGGGGAGGCGAAGGUGUCAGAUUUCGGACUGGCGAGGCUGCUGCAGAGGCUGGACAAGCACGUGGCGAGCGAGCGGUUCCAGAGCGCGAUGGGUUACAUGGCGCCGGAGCUCGCGUGCCAGAGUCUGAGGGUGAACGAGAAGUGCGACGUGUACGGGAUGGGAGUGCUGAUGGUGGAGGUGGUGACGGGGAGGAAGCCGGUGGAGUACGGGGAGGAGGAUGUGGUGAUACUGAUCGAUCAGGUGAGAUCGCUUCUGGAUCAGUGUAAUGUGGUGGAGUGCGUGGAUGCGAGCAUGGGGGAGUUCCCGGAGGAGGAGGUCCUGCCGGUGCUGAAGCUGGGGUUGGUCUGCACGUCGCAGAUUCCGUCGAGUCGGCCGUCCAUGGCGGAGGUUGUGCAGAUACUGGAGGUGAUUAAGGCGCCGAUCUGAAGAAGGAUGAAUGGAUGGAGAUUUUAGUUCUGUAUGAUCUUGAUCCAUCUCUGUAAUUACAGAUGCAAUUCUCAUUGAUCUUAAUUACUAGUUUUUCUUUUAAACAGUGUGUGUGUGUGUGUGGGGAGCGUGUUGGCUUGCGUGUCUCAUGCAACGGUCAUCGUACUCUUCGAUUCAGUGUUGCUUCUGUGUAUUUUGAUUU